AAUCAACUGUUUGACUAUCUUUUGAUGUUUGAAUUUUAUUUCCUUACAAGCUUUUUAAAUGACCUCUGACCUCCGACAAAGCACAGAAUCCUGAAUUAUUUUUGUUUUUUACCUUAAAUUAGUACAUUUGAAUUACACUGAGUACAAAAAAUAAGAGACUCACAAACUAAAACUCCCCAAACUCCCAGAAAAUACACCAAGGACAUGCCCUGUGUGUCCUCGGUGGUGCUGCAGCUGCAGCAACAUAUUUUCUGAUGGAAAUCUGUAUGAAAGGAGAAUGGAGACCGUUAUUUCAGAGGAAGCUCUGCAGCCAGAGAGGAUGUAGCAACUCACAUUGCUGGCGAGUGAGAUCAUCCAUGUUCUCCAGAUUUAAACCUUGCUCCUCUCGCCGGGCACACACACGCCCUGAGAGGAUCCGAUCCAAGAAAAUCCUCUGUUUGGAUGAAGGGCUUUCGCUCUCAUAAGGCUUAACUCUGAGGCUCUGUGAAGGUCGACAAGUGUCUCUUGUUUGUGUGUGAUUUCAAAAUCCAAAGAUCCAAGUCAUCUGUCAAUAUUUGGAGUGAAUGCUCCCUUGAUACAAAUCUACAAGAGCCUCAAACCGGGCAGAUCUCCUCAGCUGUCAGAUACUGAAACGUGUCUGGAUGAGAGUCGACUCCGACCUUUGGACUGUCUCUGUUAUCAGACUGAGGUGGGAGUUUGACUCUUCAGGCUUUAAGUUAUCUUAACUGGUGAAUGCAUGGAAUUAGCAACUGAUACAAAUGUCUUACUUCAUCCAAACUUAGCUCUGACGUGAACAUUUGGACCAAAGCAUCCAAAUCUAAGCAAAUUAUUACCAUAACAUGUAACCAUACAACUCCCCCCACUAUUUUCCCUAUUCCUCUGAAGAGUGAAAGAGCUUAUAUAUCUUCUGCUGAUGGCUAUCAGAUAGAACAAAAACCUUUUACAGAGCAGAGUAGCAUGCAAAUAAUUUCAGAGUAAAAGGAUAUGAAAUGCUGCGUACUAUAAAUAAACACAGAGCAGGGGUCAGAUCACAUGGCGAAUUCUGAGAGUUUCAAGUUCAAGACGAAAAACACACACAAACUCCAAUCUUCCUUAUCUUAAAUUUGGCAAUGACUGUUUUUUUUUUUCUAGAUUUUCAUUACAACUGGAUUCAUCUCCAUGGAAGCAUUUGCUGAUAGUUAGGGGUGCGGUGUGAACACAUUUGACCAAACUUGGCCUUAUUAAAAAAGGGAGAAAAAAAAAGUUCCCGAAGGAUUUAUAGAUAAAUAACUGCUUCAUAGUGAAGCUUCACCAUAGAAAUCAAUCAAACUGAAUCACAGAACAAGCACAGUCACAUAUAUUUGAAAUUUAAAGCUGCAAUAAUCAAUGUUUUAUAUUAACAUUGGAUCAUUUAACCUACAAAAACCAUCAUCACUUGACUCUGCUGACCCUCAGCCCUGUUGAGCGUCUCUUUUAGGUCUUUUUGGUUUUCUGGCCUGCAGCCUAAAUGGUUUGGUUCCCUCUCACUGCUCUCUCUGCAUCAGCAGGAAGCUGUUUUCAGACACAGUCAGGGACUAGCUGGCGUACAUAGUAAAGUAUUUAGCAGCUAGAUAUUUCCCUCAGGAGUUUGUGGAUGAAUGCCAGUGUUGCUCCAUAUGCACUGGAUAAUUAAAUAAGCUGCUUACUAAUGUGUUUGAGUGUUAAAGUUAACUAAAAUAAGAGAUUUGCAUUAAUGUUAUUUGCUCCAUUGUUGUUGUUGCAUUUAUAGUUUACGGUUUCUGCUGCCCUCAAGUGGCUAACAAAUCAGUUUAAUCAGGUUAAAAAGACACAUUUCAUCCAAGGAAACUUCACACUAACAUGAAAGCAUGUAAUUUUAGUGUAACAUCCCUUUAAAAGACAUUUUUAUACCAUAAUCCUCAGCUCUGUCUCUGUUUCAACCCUGAUGGUGUCACAUGAUCUAUGAAGGUGGUUUUCCCUCUUUCGUUCAAACUGUCAUCUUUAACCGCCCACUAAUGGACAUUUAACUGAACUAGAAACACGCUCACAGAGUCAAGCAGGAACUCCUCAGCAGAACUUGAAGGUUUUAAAUGUCAGAGUGACUCAUUUUAUCUGAACUGACUGAGAUCCAUCACCCAGCGUGAGGUUAUCAGUGAUUAAAAGCUGUUAUCAGUAACUCUGUGUUCUGAUGUUAAUCUACGCGAUCAUCACUGUUCUGGACUGUGGCAUUAGGAUCUCUUUGUGGCUGUCGCUGCUCAUGCUAACCACUCAGGUCCUCUUCUAACGUCAUAUCACAGGAUGGUGUAUGAAUAGCAUGUCAUUUUGAAGGACAUCUCACAUGUCAUGUUUACACAUUUUUGGCAUUUAAAUGGCAUGAAAUGACAAAAAAUACAUAGUGAAACAUGCGAAAUGACUUAAGAAAUCAGUGUGCCAGGAAACAUCCUACAUUUUGAAAUACUGCUGCAGGUAUAGGCUGGAUCAGUACACAUCAGUUUGACUAGAAGAGGUCCAGAUUAUGAUUUAGUAUAUUGUCUCUAGGCAAUAUAGAUAAAUAUGCAUAACAUAAACAUCCUCCUUCAUUCCAGCAAUACCUCAUCCUCCUUUACACUCUGCACUCUACAUUUUAGAUGUAUCUGAUCAUUUCUACAAGAAACAAAAAAUCAGCCAGGGGUAGAGUGUUUCUUUCCUUUGACACACUUCCUGUGUUUGUUUGCUGCUGAUCAUUUAAGUCAAGGCUGAAAAUCAGCAGUUGGUCUUAUAUACAUGUUAACUUCUUUUUGAAGGAGAGUGUCUCUUCUAAGUUUCACUCAGCCCAUAUACUUUAUAAUGAGAUCACACACAUAAAAAAGUGGCCUCUCUAGUCUCGUCCAGACUUAAAUAUAGCCUACUGACAAUAGCAUUUAGCUCAAAGUGCCACUGUGCUGAAGAACAGAAGGCCCAGGGUGAAGUCAUCAAAUAAACACAGGUGCGGUUUAUUACUCAGAGAUGUAUACACAGUCAAAACAAAUAAGGAAAAGGAUAAGGAAAAUGGCAAUAAGACCUCCUGUGAGUAAGAAGUUCAUCCAGUAUUUUCCACCCUUAUCUUUAUAUUGUUAAAAGGUAAAAGUGUUUUUUUUUUUCCCAUGGACCGCACUGUGGAUAGUUCAUACUCUCUGUGAAGAGGUUCAUGGUUCUGCCACAAAGGUCUUCAGGAGGUAGAUAUUUAGUUUCUGAUCAUAACCAACUAAGAAAACCAGCAGAUAUUCACAUUUUUAAAAGCUGAAACCAGUUGAUUUGUGGUGUUACUGCUUUGUUGGUGAUGGUUUCCAUUUGUUUCUUUGAUUGUUAGCUGUGAUGAGAUUUGUUGGGGUUAGUCACUGAAUGUGAUUUCUCUACCUGAAGUCAGUUUACCACCACUGCUGCAGAAGAAGAAGUGAGGCUGCUUUCUGGUUAGAGGAGGUCUAGAUGAUCACAUACAGACUCCAGCUGAAAACCGUGCUCCUCUUAAACCCUCCUCUGGUGAAGAAUUAACCCUGUUGUUGGGGAGUUAGCACAUUCCUGCCUCCUCACUGUAGAGCCGCUUUCAGCUCUAUUGUGGUGGGUGAUGGAGUCGACCAAACACACUCACUCUCCCUCUCUGUCUCCCUCUCCCUGCCUGCUUCACAUCCAAACACUGGACUCCUGAUCCCCAGUGACCUGUGUCACCAUGCCAACUCCUACGAUCCUCACAGCAACCAGGAGUCCUCAGAGAAGCUGCUAGGUUUACACACAUAUUUACAUCUCUGUCAGCCUACAUAAAGUGGAUCCCCUUCAGUGCUGAGAGAGAGAGGGAGAGAGAGUGGACAGGAAGCAGAGAUGGUUUUCCUGUGGAGUCUCCUGCUGAUUUUCACAUUGCUGGUGAAGACAGGACUUGCGGUUGGAUGUGUGUGUCUGUCAGACACCUUUUUGUCCCAGUUUCCCUCUCAGGUUCCUGCUGGCAUCUGUUGCCUGAACUACUCUGGCUCUGCUGUCAGCCAUGUGCGCUGGUCUGUGUUUACCAAUGAGACAAACAUAGAGACGCUGGAUCUCUCCAACUGUAAUAUCAGUUCUGUUGAUAUGAGUGACAAAGAGGCCUCUAUGCUGCAGAGGGUUUACUUAGGUCGUAAUAGACUAACAACGUUGCCAAGGGAGUUUCUGGCUAGCCAGCCCAACCUGGUGGAGGUGGAUCUGAGCAGGAACCUGCUUAAGGAGCUUCCUGAGGGUUUCCUCCAGGACUCUGACAGCCUGCAGAAGCUGUAUCUUCAGGGAAACCAGCUACGUGUCCUCCCUGGCUCUGUGCUGCAGAAGCCCAGUCUGCAAAAGCUGGAGCUGGAGGGGAACCCCUGGGACUGCUCCUGUUUGUUACUGGAGGCCCUGGAGGAAGGCAGGAAGGCUAACAGGACCACCAAGCUGCAAGAUCUGGUGGGGAACCUCACCUGCUUCUCUCCCAGGCACCUAGCCGGCAGGACUGUGUGGACGGUGAGGCUCAGUGACGUGUGCCGUCCCGCCGGCCUGACCGCACUCUUCAUCGUGCUUCCCCUCCUCAUCCUCGCCGCUCUGGUGCUCUGCUGGUGCUGCGGGAGGAAGAGGAAGAAGAAAGAAGCGCCUGUGUUCAGCACUUCAAAGAAGAGGGCCUCCAACUCCAGCUGCAACGGCCAGAAACAUCGCAGCAAGCAACCACCUGCGGCCGCUGAGCAGGCUAAAGCUGGAAACACCACCACUGAGGGGAUCCUGAAGAACCAGCUGCUGCUACGCCCGGCAUCCACCCUCCUGGGCAGCACCAGAGACAUCUAUGAAGAAGUGGAGAUCAAGCUGGGUUCAGUGGAGUCUCUUCCCAGAGUCUCCUCACGCUGUUCCAGCUCCACAGACGGGAAGCAGGGCUCGCAGGAGCCCGACGGGGCCAGCAAGACAGAGCUGGACACAGUCAGCGUGACAGAAGUGAUGAAAGACUCAGCAGACAGGGAGAAGGCCUACAUGACCCAGUCCACUGAAUACUACAGCCUGGUUCCAGGCAUCGAGCUGGAGGACUCUGACCACGGAGAGUAUGAGAAUGUCGACCUCUCAUGACACCAUCUUAAAGGAAUAGUCCAACAUUUUGGGAAGUUUAUUUCCUUUCUGGCUGAGAGUUAGAGGAGAAAAUCAGCACCACUCACAUGUUCGUGUUAGGAGUCCUUGAAACCUUUCACUAUAAGUUUGAUUAUCUCACACAGGAGAUUUCUGUGUUUUUGUCUGUGCUCUUCACACUGGUUUAAAGUGGUUUGAUUGAACUACAUUGCUCCCUCUGUUUAGUGUAUGGAUUAACAAAUUAGAUAUAAUAAUUAGUGUGAAUUAGCAGGCGUUAAGGCUUGGUCACACUAUGAAGUGUCAAAGUAAAGCUUACCCAAGCAUCCUCGUUAAACAGGCAAUGCUAGAGGGUUGGUGAUAUAGUGACUACUCACACAGAUUGUUGGAAAACUACUGUAGCUGAUGCGCUAACAGGUAACACAUCAGUGUUAUAUCCUAUGGCUCUUUGAGCCUCUAUCUGUUUUCUCUGCACUGGGUUGUUUACUGGCAUUUUAAUCUCUUCAUCAUUUCAUUUACCUGGGUUCCUGCAGUGUUUAAUACCACAUACAAAGAAUGUAAUUUUAUAUCUUUUUCAUGGUCAUUAAGUAUGAUGGAAAACCAGUAGGGACAACAAGGCCUAAGCUAAGCUAAGCUAGCCAUCUCCAGCUUCAUGCUCAACGCACAGACAUGUAUUCUCAUCUAACUCUCAACAAGAAAGUGUAUUUCCCAAACUGUCAAAUUAUUCCUUUAAAUGCACUGAAAAGAGACUGUGUGUGUGUGUGUGUGUGUGUGUGUGUGUGUGUGUGUGUGUGCGCGCGCGCGUGUGUGUUUCAGAAACAGCCAGUUAUCUAUCAACACAGAGACAGUUUGGUCCAACCACUGUAGUAUCACAAUGUAGGAGGAAGUGAUUUAAUCCGGAGCUUUUCCUGUGGGACCUGAGGAACGCAGUGACUGUUUGAAAGGGAGGCCCACUUUUUUCUCUGUGGAAAAAAAGAGCAAUUUGCCAGCUGUUGUUUAUUCUAUUUAAUGCUGCACUCCAUGCAAACGUACACUUCAUGUUGUUUUUGAGUCUACAAAGGACAUAUUUUUAAUUCCUGUGCUUAGUUACUCUAAGUUUCAAGCAGGCUUUUAUGCAGUAAGUACUUCCCUUUACCUCACCUCAAGUGUGUCUGUUCUAUGCAUUCCACUUUGACUUGUCACUUAUUACAUUACAUACAGGGUGUUCUGGAUAAAACUCAUUUGUCUUAAGUUGCAAAACCAGAAAUAUAAGUGCUGAACGAUGACUAAUCCCAUCGCAAUGUCCACUGGACACGUGAAAUGUGGAAUGUAAAGCUUAGGUGAGAAGUCUAAAUUUAUAAAGUCAUUGUCAAGAAAGGAUAAAAGGACAGACGCUUGCUCAGGUUUGACGUCACAAAAUAAAAUGUGCAUAAUUGUUGGAAAAUGUCAGGACGACCACACGUAAAUGCUGGUGCAAGAUAAAAAUCUCUGUAGCGUUGGUGCAGUAAACUGAGAUGCAGAACAUUUCUGUGCAGCGGUGCGACAACAUAAUGACACUGGAGGGGGAAACCUACACAAAAGACACAGCUGAACAUUGGGGUCAUCACGAAGAAGCAGGACGCAGACUUGUGAUUGCUAUCUCAGAUGUGGAACAGACAGGCGUCUCACUCUCACACUUGUUGGCUUUGAAUGCUAAUUGGUUUGUGUUCAGUGAGACAGAGUGAGCGAGGGUGCAGCGAAGGGUGUGGAGCUUCCUGGAAUUUAAAAAGCAGAGGUGAAUUUUCCACAUGGGCUUUCACAUAUUUUCCAUUUAAAGCUUUAUACAUUGUUAGGUUCACUGCAAUCUAAAUGCCGAAAGCCGUUAGGUCAAAAGACAGACUGACACAUGAGUGUUUGUUUUUUGUUGUUUUAAAUAUCUGUCUUUUAGUAACUGUUUCUUCACGGUGUCUUUAGCUAAAGACACUGAGGUCAUGUCCUUUUUUCCACUUGUUUUUGGAAGAGUUUCAUCAACCUCAAGGGAAGUUACAUGCUCCAGUUGGGUGUUCACUAAACCCUGCCUGUGACUGGUGAUCGUCCAGUCAUAACUUAGCAAUCUUAACUAGUUGUCCUGUCAAGCUUCAUCAGUUGGCAAAAUCACUGCAUUAUGUGGCUGGUGAGAACUGACAGGUGUAGCAGCAGGGGAGGAGGCUUAUUCAACUGUCAAUUAAAACAUUUAACAGACUGUACUUAGUGGGUGUUUUAGAUGGUAGCGGGGUAUUGUUUUUACCCAAUUUAUUUCAAUUUGAGAACUUUUAGGCCAACAAAAUCAUAAAUGAAUAACAGCUUCACCCUUUAUUACCCCACAAUUUUAUUUCUGGCUCUAAGAGGAAGACACUGAAACAGCAGCAUUAGUUGCAAAUGUUGUUAGUGUGAAAAUUUUUUUUACAGAAAGUAUAACUGAAUAAAUUAAAUAUUAAAUAUCCAAUUAAUUUUACGUUUUCUGAGAGUGAUGAGGAGACCUCAGUAUUUCCAAAGUCCUGGCUGCAGCUCUGAUUGUAAAAGUGAAAUUAGGCAUAAUUUUAUAUUUUGUAUAACACGAAGUAGCAUUAAUAAUUCUUAUGUGUAAAAAAGAAAAUGGGUAAUACAGGUAUGACAUACAAUAAAAGCACUGAUUUCAUCUUUUUUUUUUUACUGGCAGAUGCAGUACCUUGAUUGUUGUUUUGUAUACAACAACUUUGAAUAUUGUUGAAAAUAAAAUUAAUGUUUUUUUUCAUUA